AUGACAAGCUUCUCCUUAUUGCUUUUCAUUGUUGUAGUGGUUGGAGUUCUAUGUAAUGAUGUAUCCGGUAUACCUAAUACGAUCAGAGAGAGUCUACAGAAUCGGGUCAACGCUAAUAGUGGCGAUGAGUCAUAUGGGGAGACAUUAGAUGCCAAUGAAAUAGAAGAAUUUAUGCAAUGGUUUGCAGAACAACGACGUAAUUUUCUGAGGAGAAAUCAAACUAAUUCUCAAUAA